CGGUAAGCGGCAGCGCCAAUCGCCCGCACGUAGCGAUUGCUGAUUCCAAGGUUCGCGCGAAGAACUGGCUGGGCAGCUCGACAUAUUUUGCAAUGAACGGCUUGUGGAGCGAGUGGAUGGAUGGUCUAAAGCCAGAGCAAGACACGACCAGCGCGCUGGUUACGUGCUCAGGAAAAUUUGCACUGGGUCUCGAAAGCGGGAAGCUCCAGAUUGUGCCGCCAACAUUGCUUGUGGCCAGCUCGCAUACUGACUGCGAUGGUUCCAACACAGCACCGACCGGCGAGCUUGAACUUUGCGGACACAGCUCGGCGAUCACAGCGCUGUUCGAGUGGACUGUGCCGCCCUUGGAAAUUGUGUGUGCUGUGGGCGCUGUCCGUCCGACGACGACCACAACAACCAUUCGCAGCUGAAUGACACCCAAAUAGCUUCAGCUUGCUCACACAGCUUGCUGGUCAGCGCAAGCAAGGAUUUGACAAUAGAGUGUGGGAUAUGGCUGCUGGAAAGUGCCUAUGCACCCUGCCCACGCAGUCAGCGCCCGUAGUGCACAUGUGUCCUGUGCUUCCUCCAGCCAAAUACGCCUCUUGGAGGCAGACAUCAGAGCGACACAAUGCCAUGGCGGCUGUUCUAGGCUCUUUAGUCCUUGCCAUUGCGUCGGACAACUCCACCACGCUGGUGUCAAUGGAUUCUCUGGAGCGCGUUCACGUUACACCGCCGUGCCACGAGCAGCCUGUGAGACUAUCUUUGCGCAGAGACACAGGCGAUCUGGUCAUACUCUAUUCGGAUGACUCACAGCGGUGCGUUGUACUCAGCCAACUGCUGGGGCUUGUUUCGAAGGGGGCUGCAGAUAAGCCGGCGGGUUCAUUACCAUCUAUCUCAGUCAGCCUGGUCAGUGGGCCAUCGCGGCCAGCCAAUGAAAGUGGUGCUGACAGCGGUAGUCAGGGCUGGGCGAAUGUGCAGAUGGUCUCUGCCUACAAUAAUUCCCGUAAGCUGCGCGUCAGAAACAUCGGCGACGGGGGUGGCGGCCCAGCAGCUUUGUUGAUGGACGUCGAGUUGAUGCAGCUUUACUCGGCGGUGUCAAAGCUGGUGCCCGAGGGGACAGACUUGAAAGAUAUCCAACAGCUUCUUUCGGGUGAGGCCGCGGGAGAUCUAACUGGCAUUGGCAGAAACAGCCGACCUGGCGCGUACGGCGGCAAAGGCGUUUUGCAGCCGAUUCACGCCUCAUACAUGAUUAUGUCCGUGUUGUGCACAUGGGGAAUUUCCAAGGAUCUUGACGAUAUAAAGCAGGCUGCGUUUAUGAUCCGGCCACCACGACUAAAUGUGUCGUUGUCCUUUUCGAACAAGUACGAUGACGCGCACACGGUCAUGUUUCCGAACUCGCAGAACCGCGGCCACGACUGGUGCGUGUCGUCAUUCCUCAACGCGCAGCGCAUGAUGGCCAUUCUUGUUCUUUCGGGGACGAUCUUGCAAGGCAACGAAAAGAGAGCGGUCGAACUCAUAAACUUUUAUGUGGGCAAGUUGCAGGCCGAGGUCGGACCUCGAUUCAAGAACCUAUCCCUCCUGACACUUGCACAGUACUGGCAGUCGCCAAACGCAAACUUGCAACGGGCUGCGCGGACCCUAAUUCUGUCGGCAAUUCACAGUGCGCCCGAGAAGCUCCGCCGGGCCGAGCUUUUUUAUUGGUCGUCCGUUUUGGCCAGGUGCGCGCCAGGAGGGGUCGACACCGAGGACCUAUAUGCAUUGACUAUCGUGUGCAUCAUUGGCAGUGAUUACCCGUCUCUGCUGCCGCUGACGGCGCGCAGCAUGGCUGCGUCAAUGCUCCAGGCAUUGAUCUCAGCAGACCGGGUCAAUGUGCGCGCGAGAAUGGUGGCGGUUGAGCUGCUUUCGCGAGGGUUUCCAACAUUCAAGGCGUACUUGGACUGCCAGCUGAUAAUCCGCCGGCUCCUUGGCAUAAUGAUGAGUGUUUCAGAGGACGGCCACGACAAGAGCACAAUGCAUAUGUCAGCGGCAGCAUCGGGUGUUAGAGCUGGCAGUUCUGGCCCUGCUACGGCCGGCAUGGGGCUGGGCAUUCGGCGAGUUAUGUCAGGCGUCUCAAUGCCGGCGUCGGGGGAGUUUGGUUCCAGUGACAUUGGCUCAAGGCUACCUUUGUAUUCUCAAGUUCACAAUAGCAGCGAGGGCCCUGGUGCUGGUGCCCUUGCUGCAGGGACUGGGCCAAAGGCAAUUACCAAGCCGGCGGUGCGAGCAGAACUAAUGGCGGCCUGGCCUCGACGCCUAACAACGCAGUGUCAUCAAUUGCCCGGGUAGCGAUAACUUCCUCGGCAAUGCGCGCACAAAUGAAGUUUCCCCAGUUGCCCCCACCCCCCAGCACCGAUGAUGACGCUACUCAUUACAGCAGCGACCAUGGGAACGGCAACGCCAGCAGCGACGAUUGUCAGGGUCAUCGCUACAGGUACCAUGCGCACAGACCGUCUCGCUCACAGCGGUCGAGCUCUGGGAACGGCGCCCUGGGAGUCGGCAACACUGUGUCUUUCAACCUGGUCGUUUUGGCAAAGACAGCGCUGCUGCGAAUCAGCGUCAGCGACAUAACCC